ACCUCGGUAGUCGAUUGAGCAGGUCUGGUCUUUGUUCCCAGAGGGCUGUGCGUCAUCGACUCGUCGGCGCUGUCAUGGCGGGUGUGCUGAAGAAGACCACUGGCCUUGUGGGAUUGGCUGUGUGCAAUACUCCACACGAGAGGCUAAGAAUAUUGUACACAAAGAUUCUUGAUGUUCUUGAGGAUAUCCCUAAAAAUGCAGCAUAUAGAAAAUAUACAGAACAGAUUAUAAAUGAGAAGCUGGCUAUGGUUAAAGCGGAACCGGAUGUUCAAAAAUUAGAAGACCAACUUCAAGGUGGUCAGUUAGAAGAGGUGAUUCUUCAGGCUGAACGUGAACUAAGUCUGGCAAGAAAAAUGGUGCAGUGGAAAACAUGGGAGCCAUUAGUGGAAGAGCCUCCUGCAGAUCAGUGGAAAUGGCCAAUAUAAUUAAGUGAUUUUGGUGGGUUGAUGGGAAACUGAUGUAAUUAAAUAUUCUGUUCUAUUAAGAGUGUGUUUAUAUUAUUGACAUAAUCAAGAAAACUGAUAUAGAAAAUAUCUAGGAAUCUGUUAAAUUAGUGAUUAGGAUAAUUCGGUCAUGUGAAUCCAUUUUUGAUUUGUAGUCACACAAAUUAUUUCAAAGAUGAUAUUUCUAUGAACAGAGACGUCAUGGAAAGAUUUGAUAAUUAAUUAGAAAAAUUCCUACAGAUCUUCAAUGUAGAGGCCAUGAUCAAAAAAUAAGGUUUCUUUAGUAGUAUGUUCAAUAUAUCAUUCAUUUUUAAAAUUAUCCUGAAGAAGAAAAGAAAAGGUCCUUAAUUAUUAUGGUCUAAACAAUUUAUAGAUCACUGUUUAAGGUAAAAAAUAAGAGUGAUAUUUUCAAGUGUGAUAAAAUAGCACAAAUGACUGGUAAUAAAAUUUGAAAUUAUGGUUAACCUCCUUAACUGUGAUCUUACGGGUGUAAAGUAAAAUUUAAAUAUAUAGUUAUACAUUGAUUACAACAUCCAUAAUGCCAUUUUGUUUUAGUCAUUAUUUGAAUUAUACCAUUUACUCUGUUUUCUUAUAGUCUUAAUUUUAUUACAUUUUGUUGUUACUAUAUUAUAUUUGAAAACCAUUAAAUUAGAAUACAUUGUACAGUUGAAGAAAUUGACUUGGUACUUGAAAGAAAUAUUUCUCAUUGCAUAGAGGUACUUGGAAAACCUUUUCCUUUUGUUGUAUUUGUGUAAGUUAGUUUUCUGGCCCCUAACCUUUUAAUUUUCUUAAUCAACCUAAUUACAUCAGGAUAGAGUUAGAAUUUCUGUAAAAGAAGAGACAUUAAGAGUUCCUGUAAUUUAUAUCUGGCAUAUGGGUGGGCUUAUAUUCAAAACAUCUUAGUCGUACGACUAUAAAUUCAAAGUGGAAUCACUAAGUAGUUUGCAGUAUGUUUCUAAUAUAAGGGUAGGUGGGUAUAAAAACAAGACAAAUGCUGUUCAGGGAAAGAAGUUGGCAAGCUUAAAAUUAAACAAAAAUAAAAUUACAUGUGUUUUGCCUUUUCUUCCUAGCUCUUUGUCAUUUCUAAAUACUUGGUUAAAUUAAACGUGGUAUCUCUUUCCUUCAUA